CAGGCUUUGCGGCAUAUCUGUGAAAGCUCAGGAGUCAUGUUGGUACAGAAAGAUAAAUGCAGUUUAAAAAAACAAACAAACAAAUCUAAUGGAAAAUAGGCAGUGAAGAAUAUUAAUGAAGACUUGUUUCCGCAGAAAGCAUGGGCCGUCCAAUUGAUGAUGUAAUGCAGCUGUGCUGUGAGCUGUCUGCCAACCAGCAGAUCAAGGCCACUGUGAAAGGCUCUGGUAAAGGAGCAGCAGCCGCUGGUGGACUCGCCUUCGCUGGAGGCUUGAUUGGGGGUCCUCUUGGUAUUGCUGUGGGUGGUGCGGUGGGCGGUCUCCUUGGCUGCUGGCUGACUAGCGGACAGUUCAGGCCCCUUCCUCAGAUCAUCAUGGAGCUCAGCCCUCAGCAGCAGCAGAAGCUGUAUGAUGAUCUCAUGGUGAUCCUGGGAGACAUUCAGUGGACCGACCUGGCUCAGUUAACUGCUCUGGUGAUGGGGAACUCCAUGUUGAAGCAGCAGGUCACAGCCGCUCUCAUCGGGUACAUCUCUAAGGAGCUCCAGGCUGAGGUGCACUACGUGGAUUAGUGUCCCUUUAAGAACUGAAUGCUCUGAACCAAAGCUGAAUGGCUUCAAUGGAACUGAAUCUCCAACAAAAUCAUUGCAGUCAUGGAGCAGUGCCAACACAACUCUUACUGUUAUCAGUAAUUAACAAGUUAGAACUUGUUCAAAACAGGAUAUAUGUGUGUGAUAACUUAAAAAAUAAAACAAGACUCUUAUUUGAAGGAAAUUAUUUAUUAUGAAUUUGCCUGCACUGAUGAAAGAGACCGUUUUGGCUUUAAAUGUUUAAGGCUUGGCUGAAAUGGGGCGGGGAUUUCUACCAUGAAAUUUCCAUAGAACUUUACUGAUGAAAUGAGCCGAACCUUCCUUGAAGUGAUCCAUUUAACCAAUCUAUGUGCUUUAUUGUAUUUCCAAAAAAAAAGUAAAGUUUUCUCAUUCAGUUCACAUAAAUAAAUC